AAAAAAAAAAUUAACGUUUUUUGCAAAAAAGCAAAAGUGGGCUCUCGGCCCGGCCUCUGUAUGUGCCUGUACGACCCAAAUGCUUUCGGUCUACAAGUCCAAUCAGACUGCGUCUGAGACUCGAAGUAACUUAGCGGGCGAAGGUUCUUCGUUUUGGCUUCAGCAAGAAGAAGCUUUAGAAACCAUGGUGGAUCCCUAUUCUAGAUAUGCUUCUACUGUGGACAGAGGCAGUGUUUCAAGGCCAAGCUUCCCAGGUUACCUGCAAUCUGAAGCUCCGUCAUUGGCAUCUCAUUUUGCUGCAAGCUCCAGUGAUACGCGAGCUGCUUCUGGUGUUCUAAAUGAAGAUAUGCAGAUGAAUUCAUUGCGGCCUGGGGGAUAUGGAUUGGGUAGUAUUCCGAGUGGUGGAGUCCAACCUGAACCUGGUCUUGGUGUAUUAUCUGCUGCAGCUGGUAUGAGAGGUUAUUCUUCUUCACAAAACACCUUGCAGCAUGGGGAAUAUGGUUUGAGUGGCACUCCAAGUGCUGUAAGCCAUCCUGAACCUAGUUUCGUUGGUGAAUCUGCUGCAGCUAGUAGAAGGGGUUAUUCUCCUUUAGAAGAUGAUGCUGCAGCCAGUAGAAGGGGUUAUUCUCCUUUAGAAGAUGCUGCUGCAGCAGGCAUCAAUCGAGUUAUCCCUGACAUAACUAAUGAAAAGCCUAGCUCUGUCAAAAAUUUUAAUGGCCCCUCAGCUGCUGAUGGACAAUCAAAUCUUCUGUUUGUUGAUGGGCUACCAACAGACUGUACCAGAAGAGAAGUUGGUCAUAUUUUCCGUCCAUUUUUUGGCUACAAAGAUAUCAAAGUUGUUCACAAGGAGCCCAGGCGUAGUGGAGAUAGAGCCACGGUUUUUUGCUUUGUGGAAUUUGUUGACUCAAAAUGUGCAUUGACUGCCAUGAAUGCUCUUCAAGGCUGUGGAAUACUGGCCUUUUGUAGGUUAUAAAUUUGAUGAUAAGAAACCUGAGUCCCCUGUCUUGAGGAUCCAAUUUGCACAUUUUCCUCUCCGGUUAGGAUCUUAUCCAGAGGAUCAAUAGGUUGAGUUUCCAUGCUGACCAAGAAGGUUUUGAUGAUCAUCAUCCUGGGGGUAUUAUUGAUGAUUAGGUAUCUCUAUGCAUCUUGAGAAACAUAGAUCCAUUACAACUGCCUAUGGGAAUUAUCGUGGCUGGGAAUUAUAGACGAGCAAAAAAUGCUGGUCUUCAAACAUGCCUGCUUGUGUUGGCGACUUGCAUGUUGAUUUGUAGUUAUGUGGCACACACCUUUGUUGCAGCGGAAAUGAAUUUCAUGCUAGCUAGUCUUUUCAUCAUCAAGAACAAAUUCUAUUGUAAGUAAUCUUCAAAUUCUUCAUCAUUGAAUACGAUUUGAUUAUAAUUCAUGGCAUAUUAGAAACUGUAGUUUCUUUAAACGUAUUCUGAGUUACUCUAACUGCAAUACUGGGGAGCAAAGGUGGAAGGUCACAUGAGAGUGCCGGUAUUUUUCUUGCCU